AUGGGUGUUGCGCAGUUUAGUAGUGGCCAUCGGAAGGAAGUUCCGGUGAGACUGGCAAUCUUCUCGGUAUGCUUCUGGAUUUUGGUCUCACUAUCUUGCGCCAAAAUGCCGUCUGCUUCUAGGCAGAAGCUUGAAGUUCAGAAACACUUGAACAGACUCAAUAAACGUCCAGUCAAAACCAUUCAGAGUCCAGAUGGAGAUAUAAUUGACUGUGUCCACAUUUCGCAUCAGCCUGCUUUUGAUCACCCUUUUCUCAGAGACCACAAAAUCCAGAUGCGGCCUAGCUAUCAUCCCGAAGGCAUUUUUAAUGAGAACAAGAUGUCAACCGGGCCUAAUGAACGAACGAACUCAAUCACUCAGCUAUGGCAUACGAACGGGAAGUGCCCCGAGGAUACCAUACCCAUAAGGAGAACAAAGAAAGAAGAUGUCUUGAGAGCAAGCUCCGUGAAAAGGUACGGGAAGAAGAAGCACAGAACUAUCCCCAAACCCAGGUCCGCAGAUCCCGACCUCACCAACGAGAGUGGUCAUCAGCACGCAAUAGCAUACGUCGAAGGAGACAAGUACUAUGGUGCAAAAGCAACUAUUAAUGUAUGGGAACCUAAAAUACAGCAGCCUAAUGAGUUCAGUUUGUCCCAAAUUUGGUUACUGGGAGGUUCAUUCGGUGAAGAUCUCAAUAGCAUUGAAGCUGGUUGGCAGGUUAGCCCUGAUCUCUAUGGUGAUAACAACACAAGAUUGUUCACAUACUGGACUAGUGAUGCAUAUCAAGCCACCGGUUGCUAUAAUCUACUUUGCUCGGGUUUCAUUCAAGUCAGCAGUCAAAUAGCAAUGGGUGCAAGCAUCUCUCCAGUUUCUUCCUAUCGAAAUUCCCAAUACGAUAUCAGCAUUCUUGUCUGGAAGGACCCAAAAGAGGGAAAUUGGUGGAUGCAGUUUGGCAAUGGCUAUGUAUUGGGUUAUUGGCCAUCUUUCUUAUUCUCCUACUUAACAGAGAGUGCUUCCAUGAUAGAAUGGGGUGGUGAGGUCGUAAAUUCACAACCCGACGGGCAGCACACUUCGACUCAAAUGGGCAGCGGUCGAUUCCCAGAAGAGGCUUUUAGCAAGUCAAGCUAUUUCAAGAAUAUCCAAGUUGUUGACAGUUCCAACAAUCUUAAGGCUCCUAAAGAACUUGGCACAUUCACUGAACAAUCCAACUGCUAUGAUAUCCAAACAGGUAGUAAUGGAGAUUGGGGCCAUUACUUUUAUUAUGGAGGCCCUGGCAGAAACCCUAAUUGCCCAUGA